AUGCCGCAAACGCCGCGGAAACACGUCGAAUUAGACGCCUACACACACACGCAAAUAUGCACUUUGAAGCAUACAGGCUUGACAUACAAGCAGCUACAACUUCAUUUUCCAAAUAUACCGUUUGAUACGCUCAAAUCGACGGUUCAACGUGCGAAAAAUCGUGUUAAAAAUGAGACCUCGCCGCGAUCGGGUCGACCAAAGAACAUUACCGAUAUGGAUAAAGCAGUACUAUUUGCUGAGAUUGAUCGCAAUCCACGUCUCAAAAUAGUCGAUUUGAUUGCUAAGCUUGAGGUUGAAUGCUGUGCUAAGACCUUAAUGAACUGUCUUCGUGAGUGUAGCAUGCGUAAAUGGCGUGCUCUACGUGUCCGAAACUACACUCCUGAGCAGUGGAGAAGGAUCUUCUGGUCUGAUGAAUCAAUAAUUGAGCGAGAGAGGGGUGCGUGUCCUGAAUGGACCUUUACACGACCAAGAUACCAGAUUGAAAAGCAAGAUAUUCAGACCUACCCUUAUAAAGGGAUUAAAAAGAUGUUUUGGGCUGCAUUUUCUGGUAUGAGGCGUCGUUUUGGGUUAAUACCUUUAUCGAGGGACCCUGAUGCAGCACGUACUGGGAUUACUCAAUGGGUUAUUCUUAAGCUUUAUCAACAAAUGUUACCAACUUUAAUGGAUGGAGUUGAGGGUGCGAUUUUUAUGCAAGAUAACGCACCAACAUAUACCGCUUAUGUUGUACGUGACUGGCUUGCUGAGCAGAGCUUUGAGCUUAUGAUUUGGCAUCCUAAAUCACCUGAUUUAAAUCCUAUUGAGAACCUAUGGGCGAUAUUAAAAGCAAAGCUUUAUGGUGAGCAUAAAGAGCUUUAUCAUAUGCCAGAUAAUGAGGCUAUACGGGAUCAGAUGAUUAUUUGGGCCCAAGAGGCUUGGUCUAGUAUCGAUCUAUCAAUUCUUGAUAAUUUGGCCGUGACCAUGCCUCACCGCGUCGAGCAAAUUAUCAAGUAUGAGGGCUGGUACACUAGCUAUUGA